UACUGCUCCUCAGCUGGUGGAAGGCUGCUUUAUAACUCCACUGAUUCUGAGGAAAAUGACAACGGGCUGUUCCUUUGGACUGAAUCUUUGUGGGUUCUUUAUAAUGAGCCGACGGAGGAUAUCGUGCAAAGAGCUGGGGCAAGCCGAUUGCCAAGGAUGGCUGUAUAAAAAGAAGGAGAAGGGAGCUUUCAUUGGCAACAAAUGGAAAAAGUUCUGGUGUGUGCUCAAGGAGUCAUCUCUGUAUUGGUACAGCAGUCAGCUGGCUGAAAAAGCAGAAGGAUUCAUCAGGCUCCCAGACUUCAGCGUAGACCGAGCAACUGAAUGCAAAAAAAAGCAUGCUAUUAAAAUCAGCCACCCACAGAUCAAGACAUUUUACUUUGCGGCAGAAAACGUCCUGGAAAUGAACACAUGGCUAAGUAAGCUGGGGAUGGCUGUAGACCCUCAAGCAUCCAACGGAAAGAGUGAGGAAGAAUGCUACAGUGAAAGUGAACAUGAUGAUCCAGAAAUAACAGACACACCACCACCUCCCUAUACAGUCCAGCCACCACCUCCUCCUUUGAUUCACACUGAUGAGCUACCAGAAGUGGACUGUGAAGAAGCAGCAGAAAGCCAGGAGGUCCAGAGCUCCAAACCCACUGGUGGAUCACUGAACUCUUGUUUAGGUCCGGAUGCAACAGAACAGAGAUCACUAGCCACAGAUCAGGAAAAAUGUGAUGAUGAUGAGAUGGAGAGACUUUACAAGUCAUUGGAACAAGCCAGCCUGUCUCCCAUCGGCGAUCGUCGUCUGUCAACAAAGAAGGAGCUUAGGAAGUCUUUUAUCAAACGCAGCAAAAACCCUUCCAUUAAUGAGAAACUGCACAAAAUUAGGAUGCUGAACAGCACAUUAAAGUGCAAAGAACACGAUCUGGCUACAAUUAACCAGUUGCUAGAAGACCCGAAGUUGACAGCAAUGAAGUACAGAGAGUGGAGAAACACAAACAUCAUGCUGGUCCAAGAUAUUUAUCAGCAUCAGGAGGUGCAGGAUGCAUUCACAGAAAACAGUGAGGAGCAAGAGAUGACUCCACAGCCUAUCAUUGAAAGUGCUAUCUGAGGCCACGGUUCCUUUUCCCCACCGGUCUUUAUGAACAGGCAUUUAAAAUGCUGCCGUUUGACUUCUUUUUUCGUAAGUCUUCUUCAAAAGGAGAUCAAGCCCUUCUCCAAAGCUGUCAUUCCUCUUGCAGAACUCCUGUGAAAGUGGCCAAGAGGCCAAAUGAAGAAGAAAAGCAAAAGACUAAAUGUGCCUGAAGCUGGGCUGCAUACCUAAGAAGAAUAUUUUAUGAAGCAGUGAAGAAACUUUUUCUGUCUUUGAAGAAGUAUAAAUAUGUCCAACUUCUGGAAGUCACAGAGCUCUAUAAUUUGUUCAGUAUAAAUGUGGCAUCUUCGGGGUUCUCUUAAUGACAUAACUUACAGUUAAAGGAAACUAAACCAAUUCCAACAGAAUGUAGUCUACUCCCUACCUUUUUACGCUGUAAGGGAACCUGAUGUAUGCCUUUUCAUCUCUGUUCAAUUUCACCACUCUGCUGAUUUAAACGGAGUCAAAUACAACAGUAAAUAUGCAUGGUUUAUACUGCAGAUAGCUGUCGGGCACCCCUCUUGUGCUCUUCUUAAUGUUUUGUGAGUUUCAGAUUUAUUUAUGGACCAGAUUGAAUUAUUGUCUUUUCCCAUGAAGAAGAGAAGUCCUGGCAGUGUUUGCUAAUUUACUCUCCAGUGGGGCAGCUGAUGCUUUGACAGAUUUCAACUUUUCUUACGAACUUGGCUGCAUUUCUGGGAAGAUUUUUUUCCUCUUUGCUAUUUUUGACACUUGGUACAAAUUCACCUCAGAUUCCUGCUUAGGAGAACGAUCGUGUUCACAGGACAAAAGCUAAAUAAUUACAUUCCUCAUGUGGACUUGGAAGUGUAAAAAUAGCUGCAAAUAUUUUUGUAAAUAGAUGUCAUUUUAUGGUUUAUAUGAAUGUGACUAUGUACUGUAUAGAUAUGUUUUAUUUAUAUAUGCUGAGCUUCCUAAUAUAGGAAAGCACACACGGACCAGACCUACCCAGAUGCGAGCGCUUACGGGUCGACUUGAAAUGCCUCUCUGUUUUAUGUUCCAUUACAAAUCACAUAAUGCCUCUACAGCUGAAAUGACUCUGGAACAUCAACUGUAACUUUUUCUUCUGCCAUUCUAGCUUUGAGUUUUAGAUGAAGAAAACCAUAACUGUUUGACUUAAUUGGUUGGUUGUUUCUUUUUUUGCCCUCCCACCUUCUGCAUGUGUAAAAGUAUGAGAAAGUGAUAUUACAGAGUGCUGAAUUCUGAAAAAGAAGAAUUAGCCCACUGUUGUAGAAUGAAUGCCACUACAGGGAUUGUGGUGACCUGCAUUUCUGCUAGCUGUUUUGUAAAGAUAUUAUUUGUCACUAGUUUUUGACACAAUUCAUCCUUUGAAGUAAAAUAUAUUAUACAGAUGCAGCCAUA